AUGGCGACCCUCCUCCGCCUCCCCGGCCUCGCCCCCCUCAACAGGCGACUCGCCCUGCCCUGCAGGGCGCCACUCGCGCACAGAGUCUGCAUGAUCUCCAGCCGCUUUGGCAAUGUCGAUGACGCCAAGACCAGCAUCGACGGCGCCGAGCCGUCGAACGACGCCAUGAGGUCUGCCCUCCUGUCGGCCUCGGCCCUCCUGGCGCCCGCCGUCCUGGGCGUGGACGAGGCCCUCGCGAAGAACGGCGAAUACGGGCUUCUGGAGGGCAAGAUAGCGUCUCUCAUUCACCCCGCUGUCAUGCUGGUGCUGUUCUGCUCCACGUUCUACGCCGGUUGGCUGGGCUGGCAGUGGCGGCGAACCCGGGAGAUCGGAAACGAGAUCAAGGAGCUGAAAAAGGAGCUUCCUGCCGUUGGGGCGGACGGGGUGCGGCCGGCCUCGCCGUUGAACGCGCAGAUCGCCGAGAUGGAACAGAUUCGAAAGGAGUUGGUGGCUGGAGGCUUCAGGGACCGCCACUUCAACCAGGGCGCCAUUCUGCUAGCUGGGGGUGUGAGCAUAGCAUUCUAUGGCGGCAUGAACACCUUCCUUCGGGCGGAGAAGCUCUUCCCUGGUCCCCAUCUGUAUGCUGGGGCUAUCAUUGUGGUCCUUUGGGCUCUUGCUGCAAGUCUCGUGCCAGCGAUGCAAAAGGGAAAUGAGGCUGCGCGAAUCGGUCACAUUGUGCUCAAUGCUGCAAGCACCCUAAUGUUCAUCUCGCAAGUUCCGACUGGCUUGGAAAUCCUGGGAAAAGUGUGGGAGCAAACCAGCUUCCCAUGA